UGAAUGCUCCAGCUCCUCCUCAAGGAUCUGCAAAACGUCCGCGGAAGAGUCACUAUGAUCUCUACCGUGAAGUUGUGCGCCGAGCAAAUGCCACCCGUCAGCAAAGCGUUCAGGAGUCUGUGGCAUUAUUAGCCCUUGCGCAAUCAUCGCCGUUCCUGAGUCAUCUCCCAUCCCCAAUCUCUCGGAUAUCAUCCCUGGUGUCCGCUCAUGCACCAGCCCUGAGACGUGUUGCAUCCGCUCGGGUGGAUGAGGCUUCCAGACAGCCAUCACGGGUACUGACCCGCUCUCGAACUAUUUCGACGCCACUUCCGCCUGUCCCCAUUCGCUCAAAUGCUGGAUCAUCCCAAGGCCGUGUUACUAAAAUUAAACAAGAGCUGAUGAAAUUCACUCGACC